CCUUGAUCACCUCCUGACUAUCUUUCAUUUGGGCGGUAGACAUCAGUAGUGCAAGACAAGAGUGCUGUAUGUGCCACAAUGACCGGAAGACUGACUGCUUUGAUUCUACUUUGUACUGUGUACCUGAUUCAAACUGCAGAGCUUCCUCACCAGAUCUCUACAACUGUGGUUGAAGUUGGUGGAAAUAUUACUUUAGACUGUCCAUUUUCUAAGAUGGGAGGACAACCAUUUUACUUGUACAAGCAGUCUCUUGGAUAUUUGGCCCAAACAGUCAUUGCUGUAAUUGUUGGCAAAAUAACACCUAGUGAACAAUUUAACAACCCACGGUUCACAGCAACAAAAGAGGAUUCUCAGUAUUCUCUUACCAUCAGAAAUGUCAGCAAAGAGGACGAAGCAACAUACUUCUGUCUCGGUGGAGUGACGUAUUCACAGAGUUUUGUUAAUGGAAUCUUCUUGGCUGUGAACGAUCGUAAUCAGCAGAAGUUUUUCUAUGUAAAACAAAGUCCGGAGACUGAGUCGGUAAAGCCGGGCGACUCAGUGACUCUCCAGUGUUCACUUCUCUCCAAGAACAAAGAAAAUGCAGAUCAGUGUCCAGAUGAACACAGCGUGUACUGGUUCAGAUCUGGAUCAAGAGAAUAUCAUCCAGGCAUCAUUUACGCUCACAGUGAUGAAGAAGAGGAAAAACGUUGUGUCUACAGUCUGUCCAAAACUAUACAGAGCUCCUCUGAUAAUGGGACUUACUACUGCGCUGUGGUCACAUGUGGAGAGAUCCUGUUUGGUGAAGGAACUAAAGUGGAGACAAGAAAUGAUUGUGAUUCAGGAUCAGAACUGGACCCAGUUGUCCUUGCGCUUGGAGUCCUGUUGGCCUGCUGUGCCAUUGUGAUUGUCGUCCUUAUUUUCUAUGGAAAUCGAAAGAAAGUUUGCGAACAUUGCAAAGCACCAGUGAGUGCUUCCCAUCAUCUCGGACACAACAGGACAACUGUGGAUCUGUCAAAUGAUCUGGAUGGAGGACUGAACUAUGCAGCACUGGAUUUCUCCACAAGGAAAGUGAAAAGAGAGAAGAGGAAGACGAGAGAGUCGCCACAAGAGUGUUUGUACUCUGCUGUUAGAGCAGAUAACCACAACCAGCAACACACCUCUCUAUAGACCGAGCACUGCCUGUGCAAAGAUCCCCAAGUCUCCACAGAGAGCUUCAGCUUGGGUGUGUGUGCACACGUAUAGCUUUUUAUUCCCAACUGACAUCCAGUAGUGAUGGGAAGCAGUUGUGUAUCAGAAUGGGUAUAUUUUCAAAAAAAAAAGGUUUGCCGGCUGAUUUAGUGGGAGAGCACCAGAUGUUCAGUUGCUUUGUGCCUGUACUUCUGUACG